AUGGGGAUGCCAGUGCUGGCCAGGGUGGUGCUGGGGUGGACCGCCGUGUGUUGGGCCGCCCUGCAAGGGGUGAGCGCACAGGGGGACGGGGGGAUUCAGGCCAGUCGCUUCGCCGGACGCGCGGACGACCGAGAGAUUCAGCAGAGGGUGCGUCGCAGAGGCCAGGAUACCCUCAGAGGGCCAAAUGUUUGCGGAUCUCGUUUCCACUCGUACUGUUGUCCAGGCUGGAAAACCCUCCCGGGAGGCAACCAGUGCAUCGUCCCUAUCUGCAGGAACUCAUGUGGUGACGGUUUCUGCUCCAGACCCAACAUGUGUACCUGCUCCAGCGGCCAUCUCGCCCCCAGCUGUGGAGCUUCAGCAGGAGUCCAGACCUGUAGCGUGCGUUGUAUGAAUGGAGGGAGCUGUGCUGAGGACUCCUGUCUUUGUCAAAAGGGUUACACGGGCAUGCACUGCGGACAGCCUGUGUGUGAGAACGGUUGUCAAAACGGAGGCCGGUGUAUUGGCCCCAACAGAUGUGCCUGUGUCUAUGGUUUCACUGGCCCGCAGUGCGAGAGAGACUAUCGGACAGGGCCAUGUUUCACUCAGGUCAGUAAUCAGAUGUGCCAGGGACAGUUGAGUGGCAUCGUUUGCACCAAGACCCUUUGCUGUGCCACCAUCGGACGGGCAUGGGGCCACCCGUGCGAGAUGUGCCCCGCCCAGCCGCACCCAUGCCGCCGAGGUUUCAUCCCCAACAUACGCACCGGAGCGUGCCAAGAUGUGGAUGAGUGUCAGGCGGUGCCUGGACUCUGUGCUGGGGGAAACUGCAUUAACACUGUGGGCUCAUAUGAGUGUAAGUGCCCUGCAGGACACAGGCAGAGUGAGACCAACCAGAAAUGUGAAGACAUUGAUGAAUGCAGUACCAUCCCUGGUGUGUGUGGUGGGGGUGAAUGUACCAACACGGUGGGGAGCUACGUCUGCACCUGUCCAAGAGGUUUCAUCGCCAGCACAGAUGGUUCCAGAUGUAUCGACCAGCGCGUGGGCACGUGUUUCUCGGCGCUGGCGAACGGCCGCUGUGCAGGCGAGCUGACGGGACAGUACACUAAGAUGCAGUGCUGCUGUGAGGCUGGACGCUGCUGGGCAUCUGGAUUCCUGCCAGAGAUGUGUCCAGUCAGAGGGUCUGAUGACUACAGGAGGUUGUGUAUUGAGGGGGUCCCACAUGGGGCAGGGCCAAACGGGGGUUACCCAGGAGGGGGUGGCAGUUACAGCUACGGGUACAAAAUCAACCCCGGCGGACCCUCCCGAAACGGUGGGGGUGGAUUUGGGAAUGGCGGCGGUGGGUUUGGGAACGGGGGCGGAGCAGGUGGGAUCGGCGGAAACGGUCUCAAUGUUUGUUUUAUCUAUACAGCGACUCUAAACGAGACCAUUGACGUGUGUAAACACUUCACUAACCUGUGUCUGAACGGACGCUGCAUCCCGACGCCCACCAGCUACCGCUGCGAGUGUAACAUGGGCUACCGGCAGGAUGUCCGCGGAGAGUGCAUCGACGUGGAUGAGUGUGUCAGUAACCCAUGUGUGAACGGAGACUGUAUCAACAUGCAAGGGUCAUACCAUUGCAAAUGUCAUGAGGGUUACCAGGGCACCCCCACCAAACAGGCCUGCAUUGACAUUGAUGAGUGCAUUGUUAAUGGAGUCAUGUGUAGAAACGGCAGAUGUGUAAACACAGACGGAAGUUUUCAGUGCAUCUGUAACGCUGGAUUUGAGCUCACCCCAGACAGGAAAAACUGCAUCGAUCACGAUGAGUGUGCGACCACUAACAUGUGUCUGAAUGGGAUGUGCAUUAAUGAGGAUGGCAGCUUUAAGUGUAUCUGUAAACCUGGCUUUGCCCUGGCUCCAAACGGACGCUACUGCACAGACAUCGACGAGUGCCAGACACCGGGCAUCUGUAUGAACGGGCGCUGCAUAAACUCUGAGGGCUCAUUCCGCUGCGAGUGCCCGCCCGGCCUGGCCAUCGACGUGGACGGGCGCGUGUGUGUGGACACACACAUGCGUACCACCUGUUACGGCACCAUAAAGAUGGGCGUGUGUUCUCGGCCGUUCCCCGGUGCCGUCACCAAGUCAGAAUGCUGCUGUGCCAACCCGGAGAACGGGUUUGGAGAACCAUGCCAACCGUGCCCAGCUCGCAACUCUGCUGAGUUCCAGGCUAUAUGCAGCAGUGGAAUUGGCAUCACGGCUGAUGGCAGAGACAUAAACGAAUGCGCCCUGAAUCCGGACAUCUGUCCCAACGGGAUGUGUGAGAACCUGCGGGGCAGUUACCGCUGCAUCUGUAACAGCGGCUACGAGUCCGACUCCAGCGGCAAAAACUGUGUCGACAUAAAUGAGUGUUUGGUGAACCGUUUGCUGUGUGAUAACGGGAUGUGUAGAAACACUCCAGGCAGUUACACCUGCUCCUGCCCCAAAGGCUUCACCUUCAAACCCGACUCUGAGACCUGCGAAGACAUCGAUGAGUGUGAGUCCAGUCCCUGUGUUAACGGAGUGUGUCGAAACAUCGCCGGCUCCUUCCACUGCGAGUGUUCACACGGAAGCAAACUGGACGCAACCAACACCAUCUGCGUGGACAGUAUGAAGGGGACCUGUUGGCUGAAUAUCCAGGAUGGGACAUGUGAGGUCAACAUUAACGGAGCCACGCUUAAGUCUGAGUGCUGCUCUACUCUGGGCGCGGCCUGGGGAAGUCCCUGUGAACGCUGUGAGCUAGACACUGCCUGUUCUAGGGGUUUUGCACGGAAGAAGGGCGUGGCCUGUGAAGACGUGAACGAGUGUGAGGUGUUCCCUGGUGUGUGUACAAACGGACGCUGCGUGAACACUCAGGGCUCGUUCCGCUGUGAGUGUCCUGAAGGUCUCACACUGGACGGGAGUGGACGCACGUGUGUGGACAUGCGUAGUGAGCAGUGUUAUAUGAAGUGGGAUGAGGACGAGUGUGGUGAGCCGUUGCCAGGGCGAUAUCGGGCGGACAUGUGCUGUUGCACGGUGGGCGCGGCCUGGGGCGUGGAUUGUGAGGAAUGCCCCAAACCAGGCACGCUGGAAUACAAGAGCAUCUGCCCGCGAGGGCCUGGCUUCGCCAACCGCGGAGACAUCCUCACAGGAAAACCAUUCUAUAAAGAUGUGAAUGAGUGUAAGGUCUUUAAGGGGCUCUGUGCUCACGGAACUUGCCGGAACACCAUCGGCAGUUUUAAGUGUCGCUGUCACAGUGGAUUUGCCCUCACCAUGGAGGAGAGAAACUGCACAGACAUUGAUGAGUGUACCAUCUCUCCGGACCUGUGUGGCCACGGCACGUGUGUGAACACACCGGGCAGCUUUGAAUGCGAGUGUUUUGAGGGCUAUGAGAGUGGAUUCAUGAUGAUGAAGAACUGCAUGGACAUUGAUGAAUGCGAGCGGAACCCCCUGCUGUGCCGUGGAGGUUCCUGUCUGAACACUGACGGCAGCUAUGAGUGUACCUGCCCCCCCGGACACACUCUCAACACGGAGGGGUCCUUCUGUGAAGACGUGGAUGAAUGCUCUCUCAGCGAUAACUUGUGUCUGAACGGUCAGUGUGUGAACAUGGUGGGAUCAUACCAGUGCUCCUGUAACACGGGAUACCAGGUCACGCACGACCGACAGAGCUGCGUUGAUGUUGAUGAGUGUACCAUCAUGAACGGAGGCUGCGACACACACUGCACUAACUCUGAGGGCAGCUAUGAGUGCAGCUGUAGUGAGGGGUAUGCCCUGAUGCCUGAUCAAAGAACCUGCACAGAUAUUGACGAGUGUGAGGACACUCCAGACAUCUGUGACGGGGGACAGUGCACUAACAUCCCUGGAGAGUAUCGCUGUCUCUGCUUCGACGGAUUCAUGGCCUCGAUGGACAUGCGUACCUGCAUCGAUGUAAACGAGUGUGACCUGAACCCAAACAUCUGUCUCCAUGGAGACUGUGAGAACACAAAAGGCUCCUUCAUCUGCCACUGCCAACUGGGCUACUUCGUCAAAAAGGGUUCCACAGGCUGCACGGAUAUCGAUGAGUGUGAGGUGGGUGCUCAUAACUGCGACAUGCAUGCGGCCUGCAUCAACGUGCCCGGCAGUUUUAAGUGUCGCUGCAGUGACGGCUGGGUGGGAGACGGCAUUAAGUGCAUCGAUCUGGACGAGUGUGCUACAGAGGAGCAUAACUGUAACCCUAACGCAGACUGUGUGAACACGCCGGGGUCGUACCGCUGUGCCUGUAGAGAGGGUUUCAACGGAGACGGAUUCUCCUGCUCUGACAUGGAUGAGUGUGCAGACAAUGUGAACCUCUGUGAGAACGGCCAGUGUCUCAACGCGCCCGGCGGCUAUCGCUGUGAGUGUGAGAUGGGUUUCACACCUACGGAGGACAGCAAAGCCUGUCAAGACAUUGAUGAGUGUAAUUUCCAGAACAUCUGUGUUUUCGGAACGUGCCAGAACCUACCGGGGAUGUUCCGCUGUGUGUGUGACGAUGGAUAUGAACUGGAUCGUACUGGAGGGAACUGCACAGACAUUAAUGAGUGUGCUGACCCCGUGAACUGUAUUAACGGUCUGUGUGUAAACACCCCGGGGAGUUACCUGUGUAACUGUCCUCAGGACUUUGAGCUGAACCCCACUGGAGUCGGCUGUGUGGACACUCGUGUUGGAAACUGUUUUCUGGACACUCUUGACCGCGGCGAUGGUGGGAUAUCGUGUCGGUCGGAGAUUGGUGUGGGCGUGACCCGGGCGUCCUGCUGCUGCUCUCUGGGUGGAGCCUGGGGAAACCCCUGUGAACUGUGUCCGCCCGUCAACUCCACGGAGUAUAAGACUCUGUGUCCAGGAGGGGAAGGGUUCCGUCCUAACCCCAUCACAGUUAUCCUGGAGGACAUAGAUGAGUGCCAGGAGUUGCCUGGUCUGUGUCAGGGGGGGAACUGUGUCAACACCUUUGGCAGUUUUCAGUGCGAGUGCCCCGCUGGUUACUACCUCAACGAGGAGACGCGCAUCUGUGAAGAUAUUGAUGAAUGUACAGCCCAUAUCGGUAUCUGUGGACCUGGGACGUGUUAUAACACACUUGGGAACUACACAUGUGUGUGUCCUCCUGAAUACAUGCAGGUCAAUGGAGGAAAUAACUGCAUGGACAUGAGGAAGAGUGUGUGUUAUCGUAACUUUAACGACACGUGUGAGAACGAGCUGUCGUUUAACAUGACAAAGAAAAUGUGCUGUUGUGCCUACAACGUGGGCAAAGCCUGGAACAAACCGUGUGAGCCCUGUCCAACUCCCGCCACCUCGGAAUACCAGCUCCUGUGUGGAAACCAGGCCCCUGGAUUCAUUAUUGACAUUCACACAGGGAAACCCAUCGAUAUUGAUGAGUGUCGAGAGAUUCCAGGUAUCUGUGCCAAUGGUGUGUGUAUAAACCAAAUCGGCAGCUUCCGCUGUGAAUGUCCAAUGGGCUUCAGCUAUAACAACAUACUCCUCAUCUGUGAAGAUAUUGACGAGUGUAACAGCGGAGACAACCUGUGCCAACGAAACGCCAACUGCAUCAACAUCCCAGGCAGCUACCGCUGCGAAUGCUCCCCGGGAUUCAAACUCUCCCCCAGCGGAGCCUGCGUGGACCGUAACGAGUGUCAGGAGAUUCCAAACGUUUGCAGCCAUGGAGAGUGUAUCGAUACGCAGGGCAGCUAUCGCUGUCUCUGUCACAACGGCUUCAAAGCCACUGCAGACCAGACCAUGUGCAUGGACAUUGAUGAGUGCGAGAGACAGCCCUGUGGAAAUGGGACGUGUAAGAACACAGUGGGCUCCUAUAACUGUCUGUGUUUCCCCGGAUUCGAGCUCACACACAACAACGACUGUAUGGACAUUGAUGAAUGCAGUACGUUGGUGGGGCAGGUCUGUAGGAAUGGACAGUGUAUAAACAACCAGGGCUCCUUCCAGUGCCUGUGUCAGGAUGGAUAUGAACCUGAUGGAAAGAACUGUAUCGACAUUAAUGAGUGCCUUAGCAUCCCGGGAACGUGUUCUCCAGGAACCUGUCAGAACCUGGACGGAUCUUUCCGCUGCAUCUGUCCACCGGGUUACAUCGUCCAAAACGACCACUGCAUCGAUAUAAAUGAGUGUGAGGUGGAGCCUAACAUCUGUCAGUUUGGUACCUGUACCAACACCCCCGGAAGCUUCCAGUGCAUCUGUCAACCCGGAUUUGUCCUGUCUGACAACGGCCGCCGCUGCUUCGACACCCGCGAGAGUUUUUGCUUCACGCGUUUUGAGGCGGGAAAAUGCACCGUCCCCAAACCCUUCAACACGACCAAGGCCAAGUGCUGCUGCAGUAAGAUGCCCGGGGAGGGCUGGGGUGACCCCUGCGAACUGUGCCCGCGGGAAACUGAGGCUGCCUUUGACAGUCUGUGUCCGUAUGGUCAUGGAUCAUUACCAGGACUGGGAGACGUUCGUGAGGACAUGAACGAGUGUUUGGAUAACCCUGGAAUCUGUGUAAACGGGAUGUGUAUAAACACAGAUGGGUCGUUCCGCUGUGAGUGUCCGUUCGGAUAUAACCUGGACUACACCGGCGUCAACUGCGUGGACAUUGAUGAGUGCUCCAUCGGUAACCCAUGUGGUAAUGGAACCUGCUCUAAUGUGGACGGAGCGUUUGAGUGUUCCUGUCAUGAGGGCUUUGAACCUGGACCCAUGAUGACAUGUGAAGACAUAAAUGAAUGUGCUUUGAACCCACUGCUCUGUGCGUUCCGCUGUGUUAACACUUUUGGGGCGUACGAGUGUAUGUGUCCUGCAGGCUACGUCCUGCGUGAUGACCUCAGGAUGUGUCGAGAUCAGGAUGAGUGCUCUGAGGGGCUGGAUGACUGUGAGUCCAGAGGUAUGACCUGUAAGAACCUGAUUGGUACCUUCAUGUGUAUCUGCCCUCCUGGCAUGCAGCGACGCCCCGACGGAGAGGGCUGCAUGGACCUGAACGAGUGCCAGACCAAACCUGGCAUCUGUAAGAACGGGCGCUGUGUGAACACCGUGGGCAGCUAUCGCUGUGACUGUAACUCAGGCUUCCAGCCCAGCUCCACUGGCACUGAGUGUAUUGAUAACAGGAAGGACCUGUGUUACAUGGAGGUGCUACAGACCAUGUGUCAGAAAUCCUCCACCAACCGAAACCAGGUCACCAUGUCGGAGUGCUGCUGUAGCGGGGGGCGUGGCUGGGGCAAACAGUGUGACCUCUGCCCCCUGCCUGGCACCGUGCACUACAAAAAAAUGUGCCCUAUGGGACCAGGGUUCACCACAGACGGGCAGGACAUAAACGAGUGCCAGGUGAUGCGGAACCUCUGUAAUAACGGCCAGUGCGUCAACACCAUCGGCUCUUUCCGCUGCCACUGUAACGUCGGCUACUCCUCGGACUUCUCCGGAACCUCCUGUGUCGAUACGGACGAGUGUUCCCAGUCUCCCAAGCCCUGUAACUUCCUGUGCAAGAACACAGAGGGCAGUUACCUGUGCUCCUGUCCCCGAGGGUACACCCUCCAGCCGGACGGCAAGACCUGCAAAGACUUGGAUGAAUGCUCCACCAAACAGCACAACUGCCAGUUCCUGUGUGUCAACACCAUCGGUGGCUUCACCUGCAAGUGUCCGCCUGGCUUCACCCAGCACCAGACGGCGUGUAUCGAUAAUAACGAGUGCUCGUCCCAGCCCAGCGUGUGCGGUUCCCGGGCCAGUUGUCUCAACACACCCGGCAGUUUCAACUGUGAAUGUCAGAAAGGCUUCUCUCUGGACAGCACGGGACUCGAGUGCGAAGACGUCGACGAGUGUGUUGGAAACCAUCGUUGCCAGCACGGUUGCCAGAAUAUGCUGGGUGGUUUCCGCUGUGGGUGUCCGCAAGGUUACGUCCAACAUUACCAGUGGAACCAGUGUGUGGAUGAGAACGAGUGUGCGGGGAAUCAGAUAUGCGGUUCCGCGUCUUGCUACAACACUCUCGGCAGCUUCAAGUGCGUCUGUCCCUCCGGCUUUGACUUCGAGCAGAACCUUGGCCGAUGCCAGGACGUUAAUGAAUGUCAGAGCGGAAGCAAUCCCUGCAGUUUCGGCUGUUCCAACACUGACGGAGGCUAUCUGUGCGGAUGUCCCGGAGGCUACUACAGAGCAGGCCAAGGGCACUGCGUCACCGGUUUGGGCUUCCAGGGUCAGUUUGGUCCUGAGGGUGAGGACGAUGAAAGUGCCCUCUCUCCUGAAGCCUGUUACGAGUGUAAGAUAAACGGGGACGUGGGCAAGAGCAGUCGCCAUAGACGCAACGCUGGGGAGAACGGGCUGAACCAGGAGGAGUCUGUUAGCAUGGCUAGUAUGGACACUCAGUCCUCCAUCCCUAUGAACCUGAGUUUAGCGUCACUGCAGAACAAAGAGCCUCUUCUGGAGCUGCUUCCCGCCCUCGAACCACUGGCGCACCACGUCCGCUACGUCAUCACCCAUGGCAACCAGGGCGAGCACUUCCGUAUCCUGGAACGCCGGGACGGCAAGAGCGUGCUGAGGCUCGGACGUAAGCCCCCGUCCCCCGGGUCCUACCGGCUGGAGAUCGCCAGCCUGCCGCUCUUUGGCCCGCGGAAGCUCCGGCAGCUUGAAGACCAGCACGACACUGACUACCUGCUGGGAGAGAUCGGCGAUGCCCUGCGCAUUAAGCUGCACAUCCAUCUGCACUGA